GCGCUGGCGCCGCCUCGCUUCGGCGUACCUCAGCCGGGCGAACCGCUCCCUGGGUGACCAAGGGUGAUUGCGAGCGCAGGUAAAGCCAAGAAAGCAAACAGGUCAGAGAAACAUGGCAGCAAGGCGAAUUGCACAGGAGACUUUUGAUGCUGUAUUACAAGAAAAAGCUAACCGGUAUCACAUGGACCCCAGUGGUGAAGCUGUAGGCGAAGCUCUGCAAUUUAAAGCUCAAGAUCUUAUAAGGACACUCCCAAGAGUCAGAGCAGAUAUGUAUGAUGACAUUCACAGUGACAACAGAUACACUCUAGGAGGAUCCGUAACUCACUCUCGAGAUGCUGGGAGAGAAGGCCUUAGGAGUGAUGUGUUUCCAGGACCUUCCUUCAGAUCAAGCAACCCUUCUGUAAGUGAAGACAACUACUAUCGCAAAGAAUGUGGCCGGGAUCUGGAAUUUUCUCACCCUGACUCCCGAGACCAGGUCUUUGGCCACCGGAAAUUGGGAUAUUUCCGUUCUCCGGACUGGAAAUUUACACUCCGUGGCUCUUGGGAACAAGACUUUGGCCACCCAGUUUCUCAAGAAUCAUCUUGGUCACAGGAAUAUAAUUUCGGUCCUUCUGCACUACUGGGGGACUUUGGGUCCUCCCGGCUGAUUGAGAAAGAGUGUUUGGAGAAGGAGAGUCGGGAUUUCGACGUGGACCAUCCAGGAGAGGCAGACUCUGUGCUCAGGGGCAGCAGCCAAGUCCAGGGCAGAGGCCGAGGCCUAAACAUCGUUGAUCAGGAGGGUGCCCUCCUAGGAAAGGGGGAGUCUCAGGGCCUGCUCACACCUAAAGGGGGGCUUGGGAAACUUGUCACACUGAGAAAUGUGAGCACAAAAAAAAUACCCACUGUAAAUCGUAUUACUCCCAAAACUCAGGGCACUAACCAAAUCCAGAAAACCACCCCAAGUUCUGAUGUGACCCUAGGGACAAACCCAGGAACAGAAGAUAUCCAAUUUCCCACUCAGAAGAUCCCCCUGGGGCUCAAUCUGAAGGACGUUCGGCUCCCAAGAAGAAAGAUGAGCUUUGACCUUAUAGAUAAGUCCGAUGUUUUUUCAAGAUUUGGGAUAGAAAUAAUCAAAUGGGCAGGAUUCCACACCAUAAAAGAUGAUGUUAAAUUUUCCCAGCUUUUCCAAACUCUCUUUGAACUUGAAACUGAAACCUGUGCUAAAAUGCUUGCCUCAUUUAAAUGCUCCUUAAAACCAGAGCACAGAGAUUUUUGCUUUUUUACUAUCAAAUUUUUAAAGCACUCUGCUUUGAAAACACCCAGAGUUGAUAAUGAGUUUUUAAACAUGCUUUUAGACAAAGGUGCUGUGAAGACGAAAAAUUGCUUUUUUGAAAUCAUAAAGCCCUUUGACAAGUACAUAAUGAGGCUUCAAGAUCGGCUUCUAAAGAGUGUCACACCCCUGCUCAUGGCCUGCAAUGCCUACGAGCUGAGUAUCAAAAUGAAGACCCUCAGUAACCCACUGGACUUGGCUGUUGCCCUGGAGACCACCAAUUCUCUCUGCCGGAAGUCUUUGGCCCUUUUGGGCCAGACAUUCUCCUUGGCCUCUUCUUUCCGGCAAGAGAAAAUCUUAGAAGCCGUUGGUCUCCAAGAUAUAGCUCCCUCUCCUGCCGCAUUUCCAAACUUUGAGGACUCAACUCUGUUUGGGAGGGAGUACAUAGAUCACCUGAAGGCCUGGCUUAUCAGCAGUGGGUGUCCACUCCAAGUCAAGAAAGCUGAAACUGAGCCAACUCAAGACGAGAAAACCAUUUCUCCUACCCAACCUGAAAUUCAGGCCAAGGUUCUAAGUGGUCUGAGUGAUGCCAUCCCCCAGCGAGCAGAUCAUAAGGUGGUGGACACCAUCGACCAGCUGGUCACUCGUGUCAUUGGAGGCACCCUGUCUCCUAAAGAAAGAGCUCUUCUCAAGGAGGACCCUGCUUACUGGUUUUUGUCUGAUGACAGUAGUCUGGAGUAUAAAUAUUACAAGCUGAAACUGGCAGAAGCACAGCGGAUAAGCCAAACCUCACCAGGAGUGGGUCAGAAACCAGUGGCGGCGGAGUGUGCAGUCCGGGCUAUGCUGUAUGCCCGGGCAGUCCAGAGCCUCAAGAAGAGGCUCCUUCCAGGGCGGCGGCGGGGGCUGCUCCGAGCUCAAGGGCUCCAGGGGUGGAAGGUGAGAAGAGCAACCACCGGGACCCAGACCCUCCUCUCCUCGGGCACCAGGCUGAAACACCACACCCGGCAAGCUCCAGGCUCCUUGCACGGAAAGUUGCCCCAGCCAGAUGAAAAUGAUGCUGCCAAGGAUUGCCUGCCAGACCCACCCAGACCCUCUCCUCAGGACAUCAGCUCAGAAGCUGCAGGCCCAUCUCCCAAGCCAGCAGAAGUGGACAUAUCCGAAGGCCCUCAGAGCUCCUCUCCCUCCCUGUCUGCUGAUGUUGACACAAAGACCAUGGAGACUGCAGAGAAACUGGCCAAAUUUGUUGCACAGGUGGGACCAGAGAUUGAACAAUUCAGCAUAGAAAACAGCACUGACAACCCAGAUCUGUGGUUUCUACAUGACCAAAAUAGCUCAGCUUUUAAAUUCUAUCGAAAAAAGGUAUUUGAACUGUGCCCAUCGAUUUGUUUUACGUCGUCUCCACUGAACCUGCACACUGGUGAGAGCUCCCUAGAACCAGUGGAAGAGGAAGGAGAGUUUGCAGAUGAGCCUCCUCAGCAGGAGGUUGAGCUGGAAAGCCUAGAGGUGAUGCCUGAGGAGGAGGAAGACGAGGAGGAGGAGGAGGAGGAGGAGGAGGGGGGCGAGGAGGCCCCCACUCCUGGAGGCUCCUCCUCUGCCAUAGGAGAGGCUGCUAAGUCUGAGGGCAGCCCGGCCACCGAUGGCCUUCCAAGUGAGGCAGCCGAGGACGGCCCAGCUGGCAUAUCUGCCCUAUCACAGUCCUCUUCAGGGACCUGCUUUCCUCGGAAGAGGGUCAGCAGCAAAUCAUUGAAGGUCGGCAUGAUUCCAGCUCCCAAGAGGCUGUGCCUCAUCCAAGAGCCCAAAGUUCAUGAACCCGUUCGCAUUGCCUACGACAGGCCUCGAGGUCGUCCCAUGUCCAAAAAGAAGAAACCUAAGGACUUUGACUUUGCCCAGCAAAAGCUGACCGACAAGAACCUGGGAUUCCAGAUGCUGCAGAAGAUGGGCUGGAAGGAAGGCCAUGGCCUGGGCUCCUGUGGGAAGGGCAUUAGGGAGCCUGUUGGCAUGGGAACGGCCUCGGAAGGGGAGGGAUUGGGCGCCGACGGGCAGGAGCACAAGGAAGACACGUUUGAAGUCUUCCGUCAGAGGAUGAUGCAGAUGUACAGACACAAACGGGCCAACAAAUAGUUCCAGGGUCUCUCCCGUGAGGACGACAGGCAUCCGGAAAGUGCUAACUCGCCACUUUGGGUGCUUACUGUCUCUGGCUUGUUUCCAUCACUGGAAAUCAGAUAGAGAAUUUUAGUGUUUUUGGUCCUUGGUAAAACCUAGAAGACAUUUGUGAUGUUACAAAAUGGAAGUUCUUUGUUUUUCUUUUUUUAAAUCUAAGAAGUUGUGAAUGUUAAUCAUUUAGCAGUUACAAUAAAUGUAGAG